GUGCUGUCCCUGGGUGCCGAUGUGCUCCCCGAGUACAAGCUGCAGGCGCCGCGCAUCCACCGCUGGACCAUCCUGCACUACAGCCCCUUCAAGGCCGUGUGGGACUGGCUGAUCCUGCUGCUGGUCAUCUACACGGCCAUCUUCACGCCCUACUCGGCCGCCUUCCUGCUCAGUGACUCCGAGGAGGCCCAGCGCCACCACUGCGGCUACUCCUGCAGCCCCCUCAACGUGGUGGACCUCAUCGUGGACAUCAUGUUCAUCAUCGACAUCCUCAUCAACUUCCGCACCACCUACGUCAACUCCAACGAGGAGGUGGUGAGCCACCCCGCCAAGAUCGCCAUCCACUACUUCAAGGGCUGGUUCCUCAUCGACAUGGUGGCCGCCAUCCCCUUCGACCUGCUCAUCUUCGGCUCUGGCUCCGAGGAGACCACGACGCUGAUCGGGCUGCUGAAGACGGCGCGGCUGCUGCGGCUGGUGCGCGUGGCGCGGAAGCUGGACCGCUACUCGGAGUACGGCGCGGCCGUGCUGUUCCUGCUCAUGUGCACCUUCGCACUCAUCGCCCACUGGCUGGCCUGCAUCUGGUACGCCAUCGGCAACGUGGAGGGGCAGCGCACGGGCUGGCUGCACGCGCUGGGCCAGCAGAUCGGCAAACCCAUCAACGGCACCUCGGGGCCCUCCAUCAAGGACAAGUACGUCACCGCGCUCUACUUCACCUUCAGCAGCCUCACCAGCGUCGGCUUCGGCAACGUGUCCCCCAACACCAACUCCGAGAAGAUCUUCUCCAUCUGCGUCAUGUUGAUCGGAUGUGAGUGCCCGUGGGUGUGAGAGCCCCUGAGGGGGUGUGCGGAGCGGUGUGGGUGUGCCCACACCUGUGGGUGUACCUGCUCACACCCAUGGGUGUAUCUGUGCACACCUGUGGGUGUGCCCACACCUGUGUGUGUAUCUGUGCACACCCGUGG